AUGUCUUUAUUUGCUAGUGGAGCCUUCCUGUACUCAGUGGGGGAUGCAGAACAGCUGAACAAGGCCACAAUUUCCUGCACAAUAAGGAGUGUGUGUCUGGCUAUCAAAGCAUUAGCAGAUGUCUUCAUCUCCUUCCCUGGCCACAGAAGACUAUGUGACAUCAAAGAGGAGUUCUAUAGGAUUGCAGGUUUCCCCAAUGUCAUUGGUGCAGUGGACUGCACACACAUAAGGAUAAAAGCCCCCUCAGGUGCCCAUGAGGCCGAUUUUGUGAAUAGGAAAUCCUUUCACAGCAUUAAUGUUCAGAUGGUCUGCAAUGCUGACUGUGUGAUCUGCAAUGUUGUGGCAAAAUGGCCUGGCUCAGUCCAUGACUCCAGAAUCUUUCGGGCCUCUGAAAUCUAUCAGUGCCUAUCACAAGGUGAAUUCUCUGGUGUGUUGCUGGGAGACAGGGGGUAUGGCUGCCAGCCUUUUCUCCUGACACCUUUCAUAGACCCCCAGGAAGCACAGCAGGCCUUCAACCAUGCCCAUGCCAGGACCAGGACCAGGGCCAGAGUUGCAAUGACCUUUGGCCACCUGAUGGCACGCUUUCACUGCCUUCACAAAUUAAGGGUCAGCCCUGUUAGGGCAUGUGAUAUUACUGUGGCUUAUGCUGUCCUCCACAAUGUGGCCUGCCUGAGGAAGGAGAGGGCCCCCAGAGUGCCACCAGCCAUGGACUGGGACAAUCCGGGAAUCUUCCCUGAUGACGACAGUGGUCGGCUGCUGAGGGACCAAUAUGUGUUGAAUUAUUUUAGUUAG